AUGUGGGAGUGAGUCCAUCACAAACAUAUUUAGCCAGCCGGGUGUGCAGCUGGAGGAACGACGGCGAGGGCUGGCCUUUCUGGACGAUGGCAUUGCUCAGCUCUUGCAGAUGGGCAGAGGAAUGUGUUUCUGGUUAGCCAUGCUGAGGUGGAACUUGACGUCUUGUGGAACCAGCGUAGCCAGCUCAGAGUGCAGCGAGGAGCUGUUCUCAUCGGUUUCAGUUGGUGAUCAAGAUGACUGUUACUCUCUGUUGGAUGACCAGGAGUUCACCUCUUUUGAUUUGUUCCCCGAGGGUAGUGUCUGCAGUGAUGUCUCUUCUUCUAUCAGCACUUACUGGGAUUGGUCAGACAGUGAGUUUGAAUGGCAGUUGCCUGGCAGCGACAUUACAAGUGGGAGUGAUGUACUUUCUGAUGUUAUACCCAGUAUUCCCAGCUCUCCCUGUCUGCUUCUGAAAAAGAAAAACAAGCACAGGAAUCUUGAUGAACUUCCAUGGAGUGCAAUGACAAAUGAUGAACAGGUUGAAUAUAUUGAAUAUUUGAGUCGCAAAGUCAGUACAGAGAUGGGCCUUCGAGAGCAGCUUGAUAUUAUUAAAAUUAUUGAUCCUACUGCUCAGAUUUCACCUACAGAUAGUGAAUUCAUUAUUGAAUUGAACUGUCUCACGGAUGAAAAACUGAAACAGGUGAGAAACUAUAUAAAGGAACAUGGACCUCGUCAACGGUCUGCGAGGGAAAGCUGGAAGAGGAGUAGCUACAGCUGUGCAAGUACCAGUGGUGUGAGCGGUGCCAGCGCCAGCAGCAGCAGUGCCAGCAUGGUCAGCUCAGCAAGCAGCAGUGGUUCCAGUGUUGCUAACUCUGCAUCAAACUCCAGUGCCAACAUGAAUCGAGCGCACAGCGAUAGCAAUUUGUCCACAAGUGCUGCAGAAAGAAUCCGGGAUUCAAAAAAACGUUCCAAGCAACGGAAACUACAGCAAAAGGCCUUACGCAAGAGACAGCUGAAAGAACAAAGACAAGCUCGUAAGGAAAGACUGAGUGGGUUAUUUCUUAAUGAAGAAGUGCUCUCUUUAAAAGUGACUGAGGAGGACCAUGAAGGAGAUGUGGACGUUUUAAUGUGACAGGGAUGAAUUUAUCAGUGUUCUUUCUAAGCCUUAAAUGUAUUAUCCUUAUUGUUUACAUAUAUUUCUUGACCAAAUUUUGAUUAAUGUUAACAGUAUAAACCAGAUCUUUUCUCAAGUGUAAUUUUGGUAAGAAGAUCUAAGUAUUGAGUAACUCCAGCUUUUUGAGGCUAAUUUUGCAACAAAGACUUCAGAAACUUA